AUGUCUCCCCCAGUCCCUCACUCCCUCAUGUCUCCCCCAGUCCCUCACUCCCUCAUGUCUCCCCCAGUCCCUCACUCCCUCAUGCCUCCCCCAGUCCCUCACUCCCUCAUGCCUCCCCCAGUCCCUGACUCCCUCAUGCCUCCCCCAGUCCCUCACUCCCUCAUGUCUCCCCCAGUCCCUCACUCCCUUGUGCCUCCCCCAGUCCCUCACUCCCUCAUGCCUCCCCCAGUCCCUCACUCCCUCAUGCCUCCCCCAGUCCCUCACUCCCUCAUGCCUCCCCCAGUCCCUCACUCCCACAUGUCUCCCCCAGUCCCUCACUCCCUCAUGUCUCCCCCAGUCCCUCACUCCCUCAUGCCUCCCCCAGUCCCUCACUCCCUCAUGCCUCCCCCAGUCCCUCACUCCCUCAUGCCUCCCCCAGUCCCUCACUCCCACAUGUCUCCCCCAGUCCCUCACUCCCUCAUGCCUCCCCCAGUCCCUGACUCCCUCAUGCCUCCCCCAGUCCCUCACUCCCACAUGUCUCCCCCAGUCCCUCACUCCCUCAUGCCUCCCCCAGUCCCUCACUCCCUUGUGCCUCCCCCAGUCCCUCACUCCCUCAUGCCUCCCCCAGUCCCUCACUCCCUCAUGCCUCCCCCAGUCCCUCACUCCCUCAUGUCUCCCCCAGUCCCUCACUCCCUCAUGUCUCCCCCAGUCCCUCACUCCCUCAUGUCUCCCCCAGUCCCUCACUCCCUCAUGUCUCCCCCAGUCCCUCACUCCCUCAUGCCUCCCCCAGUCCCUCACUCCCACAUGUCUCCCCCAGUCCCUCACUCCCUCAUGCCUCCCCCAGUCCCUCACUCCCACAUGUCUCCCCCAGUCCCUCACUCCCUCAUGUCUCCCCCAGUCCCUCACUCCCUCAUGCCUCCCCCAGUCCCUCACUCCCACAUGUCUCCCCCAGUCCCUCACUCCCUCAUGCCUCCCCCAGUCCCUCACUCCCACAUGUCUCCCCCAGUCCCUCACUCCCUCAUGCCUCCCCCAGUCCCUCACUCCCUCAUGCCUCCCCCAGUCCCUCACUCCCUCAUGCCUCCCCCAGUCCCUCACUCCCACAUGUCUCCCCCAGUCCCUCACUCCCUCAUGUCUCCCCCAGUCCCUCACUCCCUCAUGCCUCCCCCAGUCCCUCACUCCCACAUGUCUCCCCCAGUCCCUCACUCCCUCAUGCCUCCCCCAGUCCCUCACUCCCACAUGUCUCCCCCAGUCCCUCACUCCCUCAUGCCUCCCCCAGUCCCUCACUCCCUCAUGCCUCCCCCAGUCCCUCACUCCCUCAUGUCUCCCCCAGUCCCUCACUCCCUCAUGUCUCCCCCAGUCCCUCACUCCCUCAUGUCUCCCCCAGUCCCUCACUCCCUCAUGCCUCCCCCAGUCCCUCACUCCCACAUGCCUCCCCCAGUCCCUCCCUCACCCACAGAGGGGUCAGAGUCACAGAGCAGACCAAGGCUGAGCACAGAGAUGUUUGCUGCAGUUUGA